CUUUAUGUGCAAUGUAAAAUUAAAAAAAUGAAAACUUAAAAUAAUUUCUAGAAUAGCCAAUUUUUAAUUAUUGGAAAUUGUGUAGAUAUGUUUAAUUUAUUAUUUUACUAUAAUGUUUAGUGCCACAUUUUUUUUUAAAUUUAGAAGAAAUAAAAUUUAUAAAACAAUUUUUUGCUUGUUAAAAAAUUCAUGUUAUCUUCAUUCAACUUCUGUUAUUAGAAGUCAAUAUAAUUCUAAAGGACCUCCCUGGCGUAUAUUAUUUUUUGGGAAUGAUGAUUUUUCUGCCAAAAGCCUUCAAUUAUUGUCUGCUAAAAUGAAAACACAAACUAUCAUUUCUAAGUUAGAUGUAGUGACAACUUCAAAAGGGCGAGGAAUUAAUAUUAGAAAUAUAGCUAAAGAAGAAAAAUUAGUUACAUUAGAGUGGCCUGUGAGUAAAGUACAAUUAGAAAAACAAUAUGAUAUUGGGGUUGUUGUGUCAUUUGGUCGUUUAAUACCUGAAGACAUAAUUAACACAUACUGAACCCAACGCCGAUUGAAAAUUUAAUUAAAUUUCCUUAAUAAUUAAUUAAACAUAAUAAAUAUUAAUUAUGUUUUAAAACAUAAUUAAUUUUAAGUAAUUGACAAUAGCUUUAUUUAAUGAAUAUAUUAAUACGGUUUGUA